AAUAUUGGAAGACUGCUAUCAUGUCAGCCUUGGUCCUUCUUUCCGUUAAAGUAGACACACCCAGUUGCAGCAACUGUUCUCCCAGCAAGGCAGCGGGUUCCACUUAUUUCAUGAAAGACCGUGUGCCAGCCGUGUGUAUUUUCCUCUCCAAGUCCCUUAACAACAUCCUUCCAGUGUUGCCCUUGUGAUGUCAUCCGGUGACCUCAGCUCUUCAAAACACUGCUGGGAGACCGAAGGCCAGUCUAGCCUGGAGCCCCUUUAGAUGGUCUUCUCCCCACCUCAAGGAAUGUGCCACUAAAUGACAGUUCAGAUGGGAGCUUGGCACGCCCCACCUUUGGCAUCAUGGACGAUGGUGCUGUGCUUAAGAAAAAGGGUUAUGUUCUGGGGAGCACCUUGGGAGAGAGUUCCUUUGCCAAAGUGAAAUCAGCAUACUCGGAGCGUCUGAAAAUCAACGUGGCGGUGAAAAUCACAGACCGGAGGAAAGUGCCCAGCGAGUUCCUGGAGAAAUUUCUCCCUCGGGAGCUGGAGAUUUUGUCGACCGUCAACCACUGCUCCAUCAUCAAAAUCUACGAGAUAUUUGAAACGGCCGGAAAAGUCUACAUUGUGAUGGAACUGGGAGUCCAGGGGGACUUACUGGAGUUUAUUAAGAGCAACCGGGGCCUGCCGGAAGAAGUGGCCUGUCGGAUGUUCCGUCAGCUGUGUUGUGCGGUCAAAUAUUGUCACGAUUUGGACGUGGUCCACCGCGACCUGAAGUGCGACAAUAUCCUCCUCGACAAAGACAUGAACGUCAAGCUGUCGGAUUUUGGCUUUUCCAAGCGGUGUUUCCGAGACGGGAACGGCAAAAUCUUACCCAGCGAGACUUUUUGUGGCUCGGCGGCCUACGCGGCUCCGGAAGUGAUCCAGGGGGUCCCUUAUCACCCCAAAGUGUACGACAUGUGGAGCUUAGGGGUGAUCCUGUACGUCAUGGUGUCUGGGUUCAUGCCUUAUGACGACUCCAACGUCAAAAGGAUGCUUCGCCUGCAGAGGGAGCAUCGGAUCCUUUUCCCCGAGUUUCUGAGCCUGGAAUGCAAAGAUCUGAUUUUCCGCAUGCUUCAGCCGGACGUGUCUCACCGGCUACGGAUCGAAGAGGUUCUGAACCACCCCUGGGUGCAAGGCAAGUCCUUCAAACUGCGAGAUUAGCCAGAUGGUAAAGUGCAAACAUAAAAUGUUAUCCGGAAUACUUAUUGCUUUGCAGAAAUGCAGUAAACCUGAAAAUCUUUUCCUUCAGCA